CACGCAUGCGCUGUAUGUGUUUUCGAUUGGAAGUGACUUGCCGUAGAACACCGAAGAAGUGUGUUGUCGAUGGUACAAGAAGCUGUUGAGUCGCGUAUUGUUAAGUUGCUGGUGCUCUUUAACAAAGAUGCCACGUAAAAAGGGGUUCCGGAGAUCUGAGGCGGCUAAGAGGCGCAUGGCUGUUGUCAGCCAUGUCGAGCCUCUUGUAAAAAGACCCGCAUAUGAGGUUCAGCCUCCUCUUAAAAAAAGUGCUCCUAUACCGACAAUUUAUUGUCCCAAAACUGUCAAUGAGAAAGUCCAUGUGACUGCCAAAACUGUCAAUGAGAAAGUCCACGUGACUGCCAAAACUGUCAAUGAGAAAGUCCACGCGACUGCCAAUAAAACUGUCAUUGAAACUGUCAUUGAGAAAGUCCAUGGGACUGCCAAUAAAACUGUCAUUGAGAAAGUCCAUGGGACUGCCAAUAAGACUGUCAAUGAGAAAGUGCAUGUGAUUGACAAGGUAUCUGCCAAUGAAGCUGAUAAAGUACUGGAUGGAUCAGUUAUAAGAGGAUCGUUCAGUCAAGACGAUAUGCGAUUUGGUAGUACAAGAAAUAAGCAGUGUGCGGCUAUCAGUUUAACUUCUGUACUUCAGCACUGUGUAAAAAAUGUUUUGACAUGGCAAACUGCAGAUUUGGAUAAUGUACUGAAUAAGGGAAAUGACCUUUAUGUUGUUUUAAAAAAUACAAGGCAAAUAGGAAAAGGCCAGUGUGAAUACAUAUUGAUCCCAGAACUUCCCAGAACAUGUACGUACUGUGACAAAUAUUUUGAAAUAAAGUUUGGUUCAUCUUUCGGUGGCUUUACUGAUGUUUUUGAGUAUGAUGCAGAAGUGGGAGAUUUUGCAAUGCCAUUUCAUGUAGCAGUGGAGCGAUCGCUGCGUGAUUUUGAUGCUUGUUUGGUAACUAUUGCUGCCAAUACAUGUGCAAUUAUAAAACAAGGUCACUUGUAUGCCAUUGUAGAUUCACAUGCAACCAGUUUCAUUAAUGGGCAACAAUACAGAUCUGCAACAAGCUUUGUAGCUUAUUACAGCAACAUUGAUCAUGUUAUUGGGUAUUUCUAUGACUUUGCUAAUAGGUAUGGCAAUGCAUAUAUUCCAUUUGAGGUAACCGGAAUCAAGCCCAGCUUGUGUGACACAAAUGCAGGUGCCUUUACAGUCACUAAUAGUCAAAGCAGAACAAAUGUAAAUGGUUUUAGAAGUGCAGCAAAUCCAGAUAAAUUAAUGUACCAUGACUCAAGACCUGCAGAAGGCAUAUGCAUAAAAGAUUGCAAUAAGGAACCAAAUGCACAGAAACCACUUGGUGAUAGUCAGUUGAAUAAUCAAACUGUUAUUGCUGCUGUCUCACUGGACACUGAAAGAAAACCACUCAAGGUGAUAGAUGUUAAAGCAACAGCAACUGGUAAACCCACAGCUGCUAACACAACUUGUAAGUCUAGUCAAUGCAGUGCCACAAGCACCACACCAAAGAGCAAACUUAAGCUAAUUAAGUGUAGUGAUGGUAACAGUAAACAAGAGCUAUAUGUAAGCAAAUUGGAUAAAGAAAAAUUGCGUGAUAAGAAAAAUACACAAGAAAAUGUUGAUUUGACAAAUACACAAGAAAAUGUUGAUUUGACAAAUACACAAGAAAAUGUUGAUUUGACAAAUACACAGGAAAAUGUUGAUUUGACAGAUGUCCUGUUUAAUGAGAAUGUACUCACAGAUGACAUCAUUAUUGGCAAUACUAUAAAUAAUGAGUUCAGUUUUAAGCUGUUAACAUCUGCAAAUCAAGAGGCGUUGUGUGCACGCUUACAUUUAACUAAUGAAAACCACACUGUACAGGAGGUGGGCAGAGGGGGUGCCAUGGACCUGUUGUCUGUAUUCCGGUUAAUACUACAAACAUGA